GUGUGGUUGGUGUAUGCUUUUUUCAAGUAAAGGCUUGAAGUCUUGAGAUCCAAAAAAAGCAAAGGCAACCCCCAGUGGCCCAUCCCAUCCCUUAACCAUUCAGAUUCAGCACACCCUUCGCCGCUCCCUGCCGCAACUUUUCCAUCAUUCCCAUAACCUUCUCUCUCUCUGCGGAAUCUUAAUUCUUUGUGGCGCCAUUAAUGCACCAUUCCUAUUCCCCAGAGCAGUUUCUCAACAACGAGAUAACGUACCUAUGAACAGGGUGGCCUGAGAGCUUGUGAAACAAUCAGGAUCUCAUUGGUUUCUUCGAAUUUCUCUGACACAACUUCUUACACUGCCCAUUCCUUCCAUUUUCGUUUCUUUUACUUCCCUUUUAGGCCUAGUUUUCUGCUUCUGUGGUGAUUCCAUUAUCUGGGUGCAUUGUCUUUUCGAUGCUCAUUUGAUUUGUAGCUUCGUUUUUCACAAAUUUUGCAAUAUUCAUUGAGACCCAAGUGGAGUUCAUUUAAUUUGUUCAUUUGAUGAGUUGGGUUUCCCGUUCGUGUGACAAAUCUUUCCUUCUACCCCUGAUCUGACCUGGGUGUGGACGGUUUUUGGAGUUGGGUUUCUUCAAUUGAACUUCUUGUUGUUUGUUAAUUGCUCUUUCCCCCUCUCUUUGGGAUUUGGGAUUUGGUGAAAUCUGUCAAUGGACGUUUCAGGUGAAGAGCUUUCGGAUUUGGAGGUUGAGAAUGGAGUAAAACAUUGCGGGUUUGAGGAUGAACCUGAAACUAUUGCUAUAAUGGAUGCUGUGAAAGUUUUGUUGCAGGGUUUGGGGGAAGAUAUUAACAGAGAGGGCAUCAAAAAGACCCCUCUCCGUGUGGCCAAGGCUCUUAGAGAAGGAACAAGAGGCUAUGGACAAACAGCGAAUGACAUCAUUCAAAGUGCUUUAUUUCCUGAAGAUGGACUGCAUAAUGGUGUUGGUCAGGCUGGAGGUGCAGGUGGGAUUGUAAUUGUCCGAGAUAUCGACUUCUUCUCAUAUUGUGAGUCAUGUCUGCUUCCAUUUCAAGUGAAAUGUCAUGUGGGCUAUGUUCCAUCUGGUCAACGAGUUGUAGGGCUGAGCAAGCUCUCUCGAGUGGCAGAUGUUUUUGCAAAACGACUUCAAAAGCCUCAGCGUCUGGCCGAUCAGAUUUGUUCAGCUCUGCAACAUGGUAUCAAGCCAGGAGGUGUUGCUGUUGUACUUCAUUGUUUGCACACUCAUUUCCCCAGCUUGGAGUCAUUCUUUCUCGACUCGAAAUCCCCGGGAUGGUUCAAAGUGCAGGUUCAAUCUGGUUCAGGAGCUUUUGAGAGCCAAGAUGCUGAUGUCUGGGUGGACUUCUUCAGUCUUCUAAAAUUUAGAGGCACAUAUAUGAGGAAAGCUGGUGCACCAGAUUCAGAUGCUCAACAUUGGUGCCCAUCACAUUUUCCUUCAGCUUCGAAAUUCUCGACCAAACCCGAAUCAUUAAAUCUAAGAAUGACCGCUGCAGUGACAUCAAUUUUGAGGUCGUUAGGUGAAGACCCAUCAAGGAAAGAGCUUCUUGGAACACCUGGUCACUUUGUGAACUGGCUAAUGAACUUCCAAAACUGUAAUGUGGAAAUGAAGAUGGAUAUGAAGAAGCUCAAUGGAUUUGCUAAUGGCAGAACUCAUUUUGAUCACAAUGAGAACGGUAGCCUCCCCGAGAAACAAAUUCAAUCAGAGACGAAUUUCUUGUUCUGGUCUCAAUGUGAGCACCAUUUACUCCCCUUCUAUGGCGUCGUGCAUAUAGGAUUUUUAAGAGAUGAUGGACUCACUCCCCUUGAGAAAUCACUUAUAAACUCAGUAAUACAUUUUUAUGGUUUCAAGCUUCAAGUUCAGGAGAGAAUGACCAGGCAGAUAGCAGAGACGGUUUCUUCAUUAUUAGGAACAGACGUGGUAGUCGUUGCGGAAGGAAGUCAUACCUGUAUGAUCUCAAGAGGAAUCGAGAAGUUCGGUAGCACAACAGCUACAAUUGCUGCGCUUGGUCGGUUUUCAUCAGAUGCAGCUGCAAGAUCCAUGUUCUUGCAGAGCAUUCCACAAACUACCAUUGGAGAACUGUAAGGUCAAGCUUAUGAAUUAUCCCUUUGCAUUUUACCGGAGGUUCUUACUCGGUGUCGUUGCACCAAUAUUGUCUGCUUCCUCCUGAGACCUUUUCACAAUAAACUCUUGGGUCGUGCCAAAGCGUUGGAACGUCAUAGAUAAGUUUUGCUCAAUUUGAUUAGUAGCUACAUACACAACUGGCUGGCAGGUAUAUUUUGUGGGUCAUUAUCCCAUUUAUAGUCUAUUUAGCUGUUUUAGUACAAAGGGAUCCAAAAGGGGUAGCCGUUUAUACUUUAUUUGUUGGUUAGGAGCCCAGGAGUUAUAGCUUUUCAACAGUUUUCAUGGCCAAAUUUGGUGCAAUUUUAUUACUAGGAUGUAUAUCAAUGAAACACUGAAACCUAUAUUUGUAUUGGAGUCCACAAUAUAUUUCUAUCGUUCCUCACUUUUGGGGUCAAA